AUGCCGCUUGCUCUGCCAAUAACCAGCCCCCUACUAGCCGAGCAUUUUGCCUUAGUCCACCAGAUAUUCCAUUGUUAUCGUUGCUCGCCAGCCUCGGGCUGGGACAUAAAGAUCGGAAGCUCCUGUGCAAACCUGCACAGCGCGCCUUCGAGAACUACUCCGCAGGGACCCCCCCUCCCAUUAGUCCUUGGCAGUUUUUUGCUUUGUCCCGCGAUAAUGUAUCUAAAUACAGAAUAUCGAUUACGGCGAAUAGGCAAGUUUUGUGGUCUGACAUGCCGAGUGUCAGUUCAUGAUUACAUAAUGUGUCGUGCCAUAUCUGUCCCCUGCUGGGGUGGCAUUGUUGACCAACCCUUUAUUCAGCGAACCAUCCCUGACGUGUUUGUCGAACGGAAGGGCUUAGGGUACCACCUACGCCCCACAGGGCCCGGUAGCAAGAUUAAAAAUAGCAGCUGCGCAAAUAAAGGCAGCUGCUAUAUCCUUUCAGACUAA